AUGAAAGUUUUAAUUAUUUUUGCACACCCUGAUAGACGUUCUUUUAAUGGAUCCCUUUUGAAGGAGACUGUCUCACAAUUUGAAUCAGAAGGUCAUGAAGUGAAAGUGUCAGAUUUAUACAAGCAACAUUGGAAAUCAGAAAUUGACGAGGAUGAUUUCCCCGUGACUCACAAGAAGGGUACAAGACUCUUGAUCCCGGACGCUUCCAAAGAGGCAUAUUACAGUAACAAUUUAACUUCUGAUGUUGUUGAGGAACAGAAAAAACUAAAAUGGGCAGAUCUUGUGAUUUUCCAAUUUCCUCUAUGGUGGAAUGGUAUGCCUGCUAUUAUGAGAGGUUGGGUCGAUCGAGUGUUCUCGUUUGGUUUUGGUUAUGGAAUCAGAGAACGAUACGGUGAUGGUAUGCUAGUUGGAAAGAAGACUAUGUUAAUUGUCACAGUCGCUGCCAGAAAAGACAACUACAGUGCAAGAGGUAUCAAUGGUCCUAUGGAUGAUAUAUUGUUCCAUAUUACUCAUAACAUGUUGUUUUACGUCGGUAUGAGCGUUUUACCAUCAUUUGUUACUUAUAGAACGGACAAUGCAACAGAAGAGGUAUUUGAAGAUUAUGCUAAGAGAUUAAGGGAAGUACUGAAAAAUAUUGACACCAUAGAACCAAUUCCCUUUAGAACACAAAAUUCGGGUGAUUAUAUGCUUCCUGCUGGAACUUUGAAAGAAGGUUUGGAGAAACCAGGUGAAACUGGGUUUGAUAUGCAUGUAAUUAAACACUAG